AUGUGUAUGAACUUGGAAGAUGGAACUCCUGUGCCCAAUCCUUUCGAUUGUAACAAAUUUUUUGUUUGUAAGGAUGGGAUGAUCAGUGACAGCGAAGAAGGCGUUUGUCCAGCAAAUUAUUAUUUUAACCCAAAAACCGGUGAAUGUGAUUUUCCGGAAAAUGUAGAUUGCGGUGAUGCUGCGGCUCCUACGGAAACUACGGAAACUGAAUCUCCGACAACUUCGUCCACUUCCUCUGCAACGAGCAGUACUCCAGUUCCAUCCGAAGAAUGUCCAGAUGUGGAUUCAGAUGAACCUGUUUUUCUUCCGGUGGUCAAUGAAUGUAAUGCCUACAUUUUGUGCUACCAGAAGAAGAAACAUAUUUACAAAUGUUUGGAAAAUCUUUACUGGAACAAUGAUAAAAAGCAAUGUGAUUUAGCGUCCAAUGUAAACUGUCAAGCGAUGUCAGAAGAUCCCUACGGAUGUCCUCGCGAAGGAGUCGAAUUUCUGCCUCAUACGGAUGACUGCAAAAAAUAUGUUUACUGUCGAGAUGGGAUUUCUCGCGUGCAGAGCUGUGCCUUUUUUCACGUGUAUGACAAAGAACAAAAAAUGUGCGUCAUUGUUCCAGUGUGCAAGUGUUUAACCAGCAAAAUGUCCGAAAUUUCAAUUUUACGAAUACUUUUACUAAUCGGUGUGCUGUUUGUGUCUCGUUCCGAGCAACAGCGCAAUCGGUGUCUUGGAGUUCCGGAUGGAAGAUUCAUUAACGAUUUCACCGAAUGCGAAUCCUACUUCGUUUGUACCCGUAACAGUAUGGUCCGAGGUCGUUGUCCGUCGGGAUACUAUUUCAGUGAAGAAGGACAAAAGUGUGAUUUUCCGUGGAAUGUAACUUGUCUUUUGUGCAGAUGGUUGGACGGAAACGGUGAUGAUGGGAAUGGUGAUGGUGGGAACGAGUUGCCAGAAAAUUUCCCCAUCGCGCGCGAGUGCCGGAAAUAUACUGCCUGUGCCGAUGAUGAGGGUUUCCUGAUGGAGUGCUCACCCGAUCUCAUGUUUAACCCAGAUCCAGCAGUCCGAGCAUGCGAUACACCAAGUGACGAUAUUUGCAUUGAGAGUGUAUGCCCAAACAAUGUCAAUCCUUCAGUGCCAACAUUUGUACCAGAUUUAUUAGACUGCUCCAGGUACCAUAUUUGCUACAACUGGACUGAAGUAGCCAUAAGUCAGAGCUGUGCAGGGGAUUUAUUAUUUAACCCGAUCACCAGACAGUGUGAUUUGCCGGAGAACGUAGAUUGCGAUCACAUCCUGCCGCUGCCUCCAACCUCGUGUAGACCUACUGGAAUUCAUUACAUUCCCGCGGAUGACUGUUUUACUUACUAUAUAUGUGUAAAUGGCGAACAGCAGGAACCAGCUCAAACUUGUCUUGGAGGUACAAUUUUCGAUAUUAUUACUAUGACCUGCCGAAAUCCAGUUGAAGGUGUUACAGAAUGUAUUGAUGACAAUAGUGGUUUAUUUAAGGCAAUUUUCAAUAUUCCAUAUCACAAUUGA